CUCAUGUGAUUUUCUUUUUUUCUUCCCCCCCUUGUUGGAGCCAUGUCCAAGAGCCUGAAGAAGAGGAAGAACCACUGGACUAACAAAGUCCACGAGAGUGUCCUCUGCAGGAAUGAGGAGGGGGCGCCGGGGCUGGAGCUGAAGGGCGGCGCGGAGAACGGACAGUUCCCGGUCGUCGGCGAGCCUCUCCCGGGCAGCGCGGUCUGCCCCGGCGGCAAACUCUGCCCGGACGAGCUCCUGCUGGAAGUCAACGACACCCCGGUGGCAGGGCUCACCACCAGGGACGUGCACGCCGUGGUCAGACACAGCAAAGACCCCGUCCGCCUCAAGUGUGUCAGACAAGGGGGCGUGAUAGACAAGGACCUGCGCCACUACCUCAACCUGCGCUUCCAGAAAGGCUCGGUGGACCACGAGCUGCAGCAGAUCAUCCGGGACAACCUCUACCUCCGCACCGUCCCCUGCACAACCAGGCAGCCCAAGGAAGGAGAAGUCCCAGGGGUGGAUUAUAAUUUCGUGACUGUUGACCGGUUUAUGGAAUUGGAGAAAAGUGGAGCCCUGCUAGAGAGCGGAACAUAUGAAGACAACUUUUACGGCACCCCGAAGCCUCCAGCUGAGCCCAGCGCUCUGCUUCUAAAUGUAACGGACCAGCUGCUGCCGGGCGCCAGACCCAGCUCUGAGGGCAAGAGGAAGCGUAAUAAGUCAGUCAGCAACAUGGAGAAAGCCAGCAUCGAGCCCCCCGAGGAGGAGGAGGAGGAGAGACCCGUCGUCAACGGCAAUGGCGUUGCCAUCACCCCAGAGUCGAGCGAACAUGAGGACAAGAGUACAGACGCUUCGGGGGACGUCGCCCCGCAGACCAACCCAGCCGAGGCCUCCAUGGAGGUGCCCAAAGAAGACGGACAGUCCCCAAAGACUACAGUACCCAAACCAGAGGAGAACGACGAGCUAGGGAGCCUGCCAGACAACUGGGAGAUGGCUUACACCGAGAAAGGAGAAGUCUACUUCAUAGACCACAACACCAAGACAACAUCGUGGCUGGACCCGAGGCUAGCCAAGAAGGCAAAGCCACCCGAGGAAUGCAAAGAGGAUGAGCUUCCGUACGGAUGGGAGAAAAUCGAUGACCCCAUUUACGGCAGCUACUAUGUCGAUCAUAUAAAUAGAAGGACCCAGUUUGAGAACCCAGUCCUGGAGGCUAAGAGGAGACUCCAGCAGCAGCAACAGAUGCAAAGCCAGGGUCUGUCCUCACUGCCCCUUCCCACCAUCUACAGAGUGGAGGAUGCCAGCCCCUGUGCCACCCUCCCUAGAUCCCCCCUCGCGCAGGUUGGCCAGGUGCCCGAGCGCUGCCACAGCCUCGGCGACCUCUCCCGCUCGCCAACUCUGGGUCGCAGGGCCGGUCUGUACGCUACAUCCUCCUCCGCCGACGUCUCCCCGCUCCGGCGCGUUCUGACGCGGCGGAUGAAUAUGUGCCCCCACCACCAGCAACAGCAGCAAGAGCAGCAUCAGCAGCUUCACACCUCCGCCUGCGCUGUGGUGCUAGAGCAGCCUGUCUGUAGCCCCUUCUCCCUGUGGCACUUUGUCAAGAAGCCACUGUUCACACGGGACCCCACUCAGCUGAAAGGCAGCUUCCUGUCCACAUCACUCCAGAAGAGCAACAUGGGCUUUGGCUUCACUAUUAUCGGAGGCGACGAGCCCGACGAAUUCCUCCAGGUCAAGAGCGUCAUCCCCGACGGGCCUGCUGCAGCUGAUGGAAAGAUGGCCACAGGUGAUGUCAUUGUCUACAUCAAUGACGUGUGUGUCCUGGGUACCACCCAUGCCGAUGUGGUUAAGCUCUUUCAGUCGGUGCCCAUUGGCCAAAGCGUGACGCUCGUCUUGUGUCGCGGCUACCCUUUGCCCUACGACCCAGAGGAAGCUGCCAACACCAACAACACCACCACCACCACCAUCAUCUCCCCGUUGGGCAUCAUGGAACAGAGACCCAUCAUGGUGAAUGGCAGGACGGGCUACGACAACUACCUGGACUAUCUCUCCCGCACGGCGCGCUUCGUCACAGACCCCAGUCAGGACCAGGUCAAUGCCCAGCAGCAGCUUCUUCCCCCUCACCCAGGUGACACCCACUUAGAUGGCUCCCUUCCUCCCACCACUGGCACCACGCCUCCUGACAGCAUCUCCAUGGCGUCGUCAGGGGCGACCCAGGGGGAGCUGCUGACCCUGACCAUGGUGAAGGGAAUGGAAGGUUUUGGCUUCACUAUAGCAGACAGCGCCACAGGCCAACGUGUUAAACAAGUCCUGGAGCCUCAGGGCUGCCCGGGUCUGUGCGAAGGUGAUCUGAUCAUGGAGAUUAACAAGCAGCCAGUUCAGGGAUUCACACACACCCAGGUGGUGGAGCUGCUCAAGGAGUGCGCUGUUGGAGCUGAGACCAGCCUGGUGGUUCAGAGAGGUGGAACAGGUCACUAUUCACCCUGGAAGACCCCAAAGCAGGUGCUGGAGCAGUGGGAGUCCCAGCAGGGCCAGGGCAGCCCUGCUCAGACCAGCCUGUCGGCCCCCGUUAUCCCCCACAGCGCCCCCUACCCAACACACCAUCUUCACAGGGCCUCGGUCCCAGACUCAGCCUCCGAGGCCUUGGCCCUGGCUAAACCAGACCCCUAUGACCUUUAUGAGAAGUCCAGGGCUAUCUAUGAGAGUAGGCAACCUGGCCAACCAAGGACUGUUUUCCCUGUGGACUCCUCAGGAGCGGAGUACCAGGACAUCGAGGUCCACCUGCGCAGACAGAAGUCUGGGUUCGGUUUCCGGGUGCUGGGCGGGGACGAGGCCGGGCAGCCUGUGAGUCCGGAGACGCGUGAGAAGAUCUUGAUUGGGGCGAUCAUUGAGAAGAGUCCGGCAGACCUAGAUGGACGCUUACGGCCUGGUGAUGAGCUGCUGUUCGUGGACGGGAUCCCGGUGGUUGGGAAGCCACACAGAUACGUCAUCGACCUGAUGCAUGGGGCGGCGCGUAACGGCCAGGUCAACCUGGUCAUCAGGAGGAGGCUGCAGGCGGCAGGUGAGACCUGUCCGGAGAAUGGCCGCAGCCCGGGCUCCGUCUCCACGCAGCACAGCUCCCCGCGCAGUGACUUCACAUAUGGCAACAGCACCAGCGCUCCCCAGGCGCCCAACACCUGCGCGAGCAACGCGGCCGCCUCAGACGGGACGUCGGCCCCCAACACUCAACCCAGCGAUGUUAUCAUCAAUCGAAAGGAGAGCGAAGGCUUCGGCUUCGUCAUCAUCAGCUCGCUCAACCGGCCUGAGGCAGCCACCACUAACACGGUGCCCCACAAAAUCGGCCGUAUCAUCGAGGGCAGCCCGGCCGACCGCUGCGGGAAGCUGAAAGUGGGGGACAGGAUACUGGCGGUGAACAGUCAGUCCAUCGUCAGCAUGCCCCACGCCGACAUCGUUAAGCUGAUCAAGGACGCGGGCCUCAGCGUCACCCUGAGGAUCAUACCGCAGGAAGAGAUCAGCAAUCCCCCAUCUGCCCCCAGCUCAGAGAAGCAGAGCCCCAUGGCCCAGCAGCACAGCCCUAAGAACCAGCCCAGCAUGGCAGCCUCCCAGCCCAACCCAGCGGUGUCAGAACCCAACCCCUCUGUUAGCCAGCCCAACCCCAUCCCCCACCAGAGCCCUGUGACCCAGCUGCCUGCCCCUCCACCUCAAACCUACACCCACGAGAGCAGUUACAGGUCAGAAGUGAAGGCGAGGCAAGACGUUAAACCAGACAUCCGACAGCCGCCGUUCACAGACUACCGACAGCCGCCGGUGGACUACCGGCACCCACCUGUGGCGGACUACCGGCAGCCGCCGACGUUGGACUACAGACACCCGCCACUGCUCGACUACAGGCAGCUAGCCACUGAUGCCAGGCAGUUUGCCAUCCCAGACUACAGAAUGCCACCGGUUCAACUUUCACAGGACUUUGACUUCUUCACAGUGGAGCUGGAGAAAAGUGUGAAGGGAUUCGGUUUUAGCAUCCGCGGAGGGCGGGAAUACAAGAUGGACCUGUUUGUCCUACGACUGGCAGAGGACGGACCAGCCAUCCGCAACGGGAGGAUGAGAGUCGGGGACCAAAUCAUUGAGAUCAACGGAGAGAGCACCCGGGACAUGACCCACGCCAGGGCCAUCGAGCUGAUCAAGUCUGGAGGCAGGCGUGUUCGUCUUCUCUUAAAGAGGGGUACAGGGCAGGUCCCAGAGUACGACAAUGCCGCCCCAUGGGAUGCUCGUCCUUCAGCCUCCCCAAGCCUGUCGGAAGUAGCCCCUCCCAUCGACAGCCUUUCCAUGUCAUCGCCUUCAUCUCAUCUGGCCCCAGCCCCCGACCCACCUCACCUGCUGCUUCUGGACGUCCCUCGAGACCCGGUGGCGCGAGACAGCAGGACAGAGCGUUCAAAGAGUCCCCAGAAGGCCGAGCUGCCAAACCCAGAUCCAGUCAGCCAGGGGAGGAGAGCGGCUACAGCCGGCGGGAGCGGCAGAGCUAAGAAAGAGGGUGGCAGGUCCACCCACAAGGGGCACAGGGUGCAGCCCACUACUGAGGGGGAAGGGGGCAAGGAGGGGCAGAGUGGGGAACCCAAACCUUCCAGGAGCACCAGCGGGAGGUCCAAGGAGAGAAAUACUGGGGACAACAGAGAAUCUGCCCACUCUCCCAGCAGCUCCAAACUCCCACACACUAAUGGAAAUAGUAGGGAAGAUGUAGAGCGUUACAGCGGCGGGCAGCAGCAGCAGCAGCAGCAGCAGCAGGUGGAGCCGGAGCAGAGCAAGCCCAGGCCCAGGCAACUGGACCCGGGCCUGGGAGAGAGCCGGCCCAGCCUGCCCAACAAGAGCACCAGCAGCGGCAGCGCAGCAGGGAGGAAGGCCACGGUCUCUCCUGGGCCUUGGAAGAUCCCUGGAUCAGACAAGCUGCCCAGCACACUGCGCACAGGCACAUCCACGCUGAGCAGAUAACACCGCAGCUCCGGCAGAAUACAGUGGCCACACUCAUCUGAACUAAACCACCCCAUCUGGAUGAAACUACCAUCCUCACACCUUCCCGUGCUCCUUUAUCUCCCCCUCAACUCCGUUCUCCCAUGGACCAGAGUGUAAACCAAGGGGGGCAGGGUGAUCUGGACCACGUGUUUUUAGAAUUUUAUUUAUGAUACUGUACUCUAAAUUAUUUUGAGAAAUAUUUUACACCCACCACCUUAAGAACUGGUAAUUCACCCACUAGAAGAAAAAAAAUGGAAGAGCAAGUAGAAUGUGUGAGUGCAGCGUGGCGGGGAAUCAUUUUGGGGGUACAGACUUUGAAGAACUCUAUUUUGUGUUUUUCCCUAAGCAGAACUGGGGGACAAACACGUAAACAUAAAUAACUUGACAGGAAGCAGCUGUCAGUUGCCAUUGGAUCUUUUUAUAUAUCUACACAAUGGAGUCUAUUUUAUGAAAUGGAAUGUUAAGAAGAAGGUUUGCCUGUUUUUGACAAGAGCGAAUGGAACAAAGAGUGACAGCAGAGAUGAAAUCUCCUCAUCAACAGAACUUUGCCUUAACAGAGACUGUAUGGGCCUGAAUCUGUCUUGAAUAAUCUAUCAGAUGAUUAUAGACCUAGAUAUAUUAUGAAUAUGAAUAUGAAUAUGUGGGAUCAUUUUGUAAAUAAGAUCAUCUUUAAGCAAACAGAACCUUAUAGCUGAGCCGAUGGAAAAUUCUAGUCCACGAUUAGACAAGCAAAAGUGGCACGACAUGGACCAGAACUUUCACCACACCGACUUCUCCCUCUUCUACACUCCCGUUCAGCGCUGUGAUUGCAGUUUGGGGUCUCGGCUGGCCUGCUGCAGUUGGCUGCACGGUUUAUUUGCGCUCGAUUCAUCCCGAGUUCAGCGGGGUUGUCGUGUAAAUCCAUUUUUCUCAUUUCUGUGCUUAACGAACAAAGCAAUCCGUGACGGACGGUGGUGUCCAGCCGGAUUUUGAGAGAGGGCGCUCACAUCAUACCGACCCAGGGGCAGAGUGCCUUAGACUGACAGAGAGGUUGGCUUUUAAGUCAAAGGUUCAACUCCAAAACACUUUAGAGGGUUCAAAACAGGCUGCUAUACAACACCAACUUUAAAGAUAUAAAUAAUAAACUGUAUUUUUUCAGAUACGAGUGUGAUAAGGUGAAAUGCAUAAUUUAUUUCACAAGUUUUAUGUAUGAAAAUUAGUCCAUUACCAGAGGUAUUGCCGGUCCUUAUUUGUGAAAGUAGUUCAUUUUGGGUCACGAUACUUUACUGAUUUCUUAAUGAGGUCUGACACUAGUAAUUUCCAUGAAGAAUUGCUUAUGUGCCAUCGUGUAAUCAAAUGUCAGCACAGGGCAGAGCUUUGCACCGUAACCAAACGGAAUUAGUAAAAUCUGAUUUGGAGUCGGCAAAGAACCAGUCUCACUUGUCAAAAGUUCACUCGCCAAACAAUCUGUAACCUAAAUGAAUGAACGCUCUCGAUUUGAAAAUGAAACAUCUCAAUCAUUUCCAGAGCGGCUGGGAAGAGUUUGCACUUGUCACAGCUACAGUCAGCUGCUGAAUUUGAUUCGUCUUAGGUGAUUUCUGUAAGAAGUAAGGAGUACGAAGUACAUGUCCACGCCAAAGCUCCCUGUACAGUUUCAUAAUUUUUUUUAGCUUACUCAUAUCUGCCCCAGAAUUUGUCUCAUGUUCAGGGCUAUGCGCUUGUACAUUUUUAUACAAUAACCAACAACAAUUGACCGUUUGCUAAGCCCUGCUACCCGUUGUUACUUUUGCUACUCUUGUCAAGCUUUCCAUUCUUGCAUGGCACAUUUGCGGUUUACAUUUCUCAAUUCAUAGUCAUUUUUGAAACAAUGGGAUCUAAAUUUCCGAAAAAGGUGGACAACAACUGGCCUGUGAUUUGUUGGCUAAAAUGACAACUGUUGCUAGCAGAUUUUAUCCGCUGUAGCUAGCUAGCUAAUUUUGCUAGCGUUUGCUACACAAGUUGGUUGAAAAGGCUGAAUCCAGUUUUAUAACAAAAAUCUUUUAAAAGGUGUCUCAAACAGGCACUCGAUGGCUACAUAUCAAGCUAAACAACUGGAGAGAAGAUAUAAAUGAUCUAAAGAAACAGCAGUGGUAUUGUAUUGCAGUGUAGAGGAAGCAAUAACAUGCUCCUCGGAGAGUCCCAUUUCCUGAGUUGGGAAGUUGGUGUGUUCAUGUGCUUUUAAGGUGGAAUGUGGACACUACAAAGAAGAUGUGCUGUAUUUUAUUGCUCAGAGUGUCCCAGAGUUGUUGCUGUACCAGUACAUUCCCUAAAACCACUAAAAAAUUACUUUAUCUGACUUGUUAUCGGGGUUACUACUAAUAAAUAACUUUUCUAACUAAUGUAGGUCACUCUAGGUGGACAGCAACUACAUGUUAGCAAAAAAAAAAAAACUGGUAUGCAAUACGUAAAUUUGCACCAUUUAUCAAAAGUUUCUUACAAUCGACCAAACAUUUACUUGUGUCCACCAUGUUUCUGCGUUUAUGACGUCUACAACUCGGUAAGUCGUGUACCAAAAUUUUCGCUGACUUUCCGAGUUGUUGUUCUGCUUUGAGGGGGACGUUCAUUUGAAUUUUUCCCAGUUGGGAACGCAUUUUUCCGAUUACUCUGACACCACGUGAAUGCACUAGAGGUCCUAGUAUUAUAAGAAUGAUUAUGAAAUGUAAGAUAAAAAGGCUUUCAGGAUGAAAACUAACCAAUGAGGUUAGCAAACGUAAUGCUACCUUGGGUAACGUUGGUUGGAGAUGCUGGAGUGUAAACUUAGUCAAAACCAAUGAAAAGCAGGAAAGAACAGCCGCCUUUACCAUGCUAACAUUUGGAAGUAAACUAGUUAGCCAGACAUGGCAACGAUUGCAGCUCACAUUAGAGCAGAAAAACACAUUUGAAUCCUUUCAAACGCUUUUAAUACCAAGUAGUGGUGUUUCCAUGCACUUUGACAUGUGGAGAAAUCCAAAGCUUGACAGGCCUGCCGGUCCUGCUUACUUACAGCUGCUAAGCUGUGAUUGAAUCCCUGUUUCUGGGAGGGGUUUAAUGAACAGUCAGUUUUGGGAUCUACGGAUAUUUUCCUAGCAUCUGAAUCAUCUUUACAGACAUGAAAUUUCUGAGUGGUAUUUUUUUUUUUUUUUUCCCUCCAAAUGAGCCAACAUUUAAUAGAGAAAACAAAUGAUAAUACCAGAACAAAAGUUUCCAUUCCUUCCUCUGCUGAGGGGAUGGGCCAAUGGUUUCAAAAGAAUGAAAGAGCAAAGGGAGACAAGUUAUUAUGUUUGCCAUUUUAAUCUGUAAUUACAUGAGGACUAAGCAGACUGACUUUAAAGCACAAUCUCAAACAGAGGGUUUGGGGGUAUGAAUAAUUAUGUCGGAGGAAAUCAUCAGCCAGGCACAAACGGCUCAGCCCUUCAAUCACUUGUUGAUGAUGUGCAGGGUUAACAUCACAAAACAAGCCCGCCAAACCUGAAUUUUACAUUUUUCUGACUAACCCGUAUCGUCAUGGCCAUUUGACCGGACUGCUCCUUUAUUUUGUGACUUCUGUUUGAGGCAGGAACAAGAAUAUGUGCAUACGUUUGCUCAGCCUUUGCACAACUCACUGCUUUUCCACGUCUGAGCUGUGUCCAUUGAACCAAAUUGUAAGUAGUUUUCUAUGGAAAGCAAAAAGGACAAAAAAAAAAAAAAAAAAAAAAAGACAUC